AUGUUUUCACAAGGUUCAAUUCCGGAAGUAAAAGAAGAUCAAGUUGACCUAGCAUUGGAUCAAAGACGUGCGAAGCUAACUCAAUUUCAAGAUUUAGGUCCUCCGGACCUUAUUUCAAUUUCAAAGUACAUCUCGUCUGGCAGCAAAUCUAGUGCUCAGAAAAGAGGAAAUGCGCCGGGCCAAGAUCCCGCAGCUUCAGAGCCCGCUGAGAAUAUGAAAGGCGUAAUAGGGACUUACUUGUACUGUGCCGGUGCUGAUACCUCAGAUCCUACAUCAAUUGCUGUGUUUUUAAAGGGCAUUGCGGACUGUAUUUCUGAAGAACCACAGAUCUGGUUUGGCAAGCAAAAAGCUUUUAAAGUGAAUAAGAUCUCGUACGCAACUUGGAACAUUUUCCGUCAAUGUGACGUGAUUGUGACCGUGCAUAUCCCUGGGACCGUACAGACCUACGUGUUUGAUGUCCAUGGCGACGUGAUUCAGAUAGAAGAGGCAGAACAAAACCUGUUGUGGGCUGAAACAUUCAUCAGUGGAGUUGUCAGGACGCUAAUGAUGAUGAAGGACAACUUCGAUGAUGGAGAAGUUAAUUCUGUUGUGGAGACGAGGAUCUUGAACCCUCUGACCUCCAGUGAGAUCGGAGAUCUAUCGUCUGCAUUUAUUUCGCUUUUCCCUAUGGUAUUCAGCCAGGGUGUGCGCCUAGGUGCCCCUCCACACAUCAGAUAUGUAUCGAAUACAAACAACUACCUUGUAGAGACACUAUUGGAAGUGACAAAAUUGACACGCAACUUUGAGCCUUGUAAAGCUAUGCUCGAGAAGCUAAGAACUACUAAUCCAGAGGUAGUGGUUAUACUAGCACGUUUGUUUAUUCAGGAGAACCAUGAGUUAGAUGCUGUGAAGAUCAUACACGAGGAGCUAUCUAAAAACGAAACCACUGAAUACACGUCAGAGUUAAUUUGUGUGGAGACGGAGUUUUUACUGGAUAGAAAGAAGGACUACAAGCUUGCUCGUGACACUGCCCAAGCCGCUGUCAAUGCUGCGCCAAGUGAAUUUUGGCCAUGGUACCUUCUAGUUAGAACCUUCACAGCUCUAGGUGAUAUAGAGAAUGCUUUAUCAACGUUAAACUCCUGCCCGAUUUACCCUCUAAAGGAAAAAUAUGUCUUUAGGCGUAUUGUUUCAAUCAGCCAGGAAUCUGGUAACUUGCACCUACCACUUCCUGUUGACGUUAUAUUGGAGGAGGUUACUGGUUUGAAUUCACAGGAUGUUAUCGCAGAACAUAAGUCUGUUGAUCCAACCCUGGUUAACCUACCAGCCGCUAGCCUGAAAACUAAUUUCCAAUUGGCAUACUCGUUGCUUGCAGAGAUUGUCAAGAUUACCGGCUGGGAAUCCCUUCUGAAGUAUCGUGUCAAGCUUUUCGUGAUGGAAGAAGAAUACCAGAAUGCUAGUACUCCUAGCAUUGAGUCAGAAUCAUCGCAGGUUCUACGUUCCAAGCGUCUCUGCGAAAGAUGGUUAGACAAUUUGUUUAUGGUUUUGUUCACUGACUUAAAAAUCUAUGCUGUCUGGCAGGCAGAGCAACAACACUUUGAAGCACAAAACGCUGAAUUUUCCAAGACCACCUUUGAAUGGGAGUUACUAGGUCUAUGUGCAAGCAGACUGCAUCACGAUCACGAAGCUGCGAAGGCUUUCCAGAAUGGUCUCAGUCAGAGAUUUUCUGCUCAAUCGUGCAGAAAGUUGCUUCAAUAUUACCUCAAGGAACGUGAAUACGUUAAGCACAAGGGUGGCGAGUCUGGCAUGACGUCGUCGCAGAUAGUUAAUGCCCUUAAUGUACAAGACAAUAAAAUUAUUGACGUCUGUGUUAAGCUAUGCUGCUGGAAUCAUCGUUGGUACAGUGAAUUCUCUAUGAUGCUAUUGGAAGCAAUAUCUGUAAUCGUGGAAGACAUGGGCCUCACUAAACUACAGAACGAAGUUGCCUCUCGUUAUCGUUCAAGCGUGGUUACAUUAUUUCAAAAGAAUGUUCUGAAUUUCUUCGCUAAAUAUUCCGGAACUGAGUACGAGUGA